GCGGCGCGGCCAUGAGACUGCGGCGACGCGGUCCCCGGGAUGCCCCCGCCUCCAGCGCGGGGGCCGUCGACGCGCGGCGACUGGCGCCCCCGGGGCGGAACCCCUUCGUGCACGAGCUGCGCCUCAGCGCCCUGCGGAAGGCCCAGAUCGCGGUCAUGACGCUGACGCUCUUCCCAGUCCGGCUGCUGCUUGCUGCCUUCAUGAUGCUGCUCGCCUGGCCCUUCGCACUCAUCGCUUCCCUGGGACCCGCAGAGAGGGACCCGGAGCAGCCCCUGGCCUUGUGGCGGAAGGUCGUGGACUUCCUGCUCAAGGCCAUCAUGCGUACCAUGUGGUUCAUCGGCGGCUUCCACCGGGUGGCAGUGAAGGGGCGGCAGGCCCUGCCCACCGAGGCGUCCAUCCUCACCCUGGCGCCACACUCCUCCUACUUCGAUGCCAUCCCUGUCACCAUGACCAUGUCCUCCAUCGUGAUGAAGGCAGAGAGCAGGGACAUCCCCAUAUGGGGAACUCUGAUAAAGUACAUACGGCCAGUCUUCGUGUCCCGGUCAGACCAGGACUCCCGCAGGCGGACCGUGGAGGAGAUCAAGAGACGGGCGCAGUCUAAUGGCAAGUGGCCGCAGAUAAUGAUUUUUCCUGAGGGAACUUGUACCAACAGGACCUGCCUAAUUACCUUCAAACCUGGUGCCUUCAUCCCAGGAGUUCCUGUCCAGCCUGUGGUUUUGCGGUACCCGAAUCAGCUGGACACCAUCACGUGGACAUGGCAAGGCCCCGGAGCGUUGGAAAUCCUGUGGCUCACCCUGUGUCAAUUUCACAACCAAAUUGAAAUUGAGUUCCUUCCAGUGUACAACCCUUCGGAGGAGGAGAAGAAGGACCCCGCCCUGUACGCCAGCAACGUGCGGCGCGUCAUGGCCGAGGCCCUGGGCGUCUCCGUAACCGACUACACCUUCGAGGACUGCCAGCUGGCCCUGGCGGAAGGACAGCUUCGUCUCCCUGCAGACACCUGUCUUCUAGAAUUCGCCAGGCUGGUGAGGGGACUGGGCCUAAAACCAGAAAAGCUUGAAAAAGACCUGGAUAGAUACGCAGAAAGUGCUCAGAUGAAGAGGGGCGGGAAGAUCAAUGUCUCAGAGUUUGCAGCAUACCUGGAAGUCCCUGUCUCAGACAUGCUGGCUGACAUGUUUUCCCUGUUUGAUGAGAGUGGAGGUGGUGAGAUGGACCCGCGGGAGUAUGUGGUCGCCUUGUCUGUUGUCUGCCGGCCGGCCCAGCCCCUGGACACCAUGCAGCUGGCAUUCAAGAUGUACGGGUCUCAGGAAGACUGCAGCAUAGACGAGGACGCCCUAUCCAGCAUCCUCAAGACGGCCCUAGGGGUGGCGGAACUCACUGUGACUGACCUCUUUCGGGCAAUCGACCAGGAGGAGAAAGGGAGGAUCACUUUUGCCGACUUCAACAGGUUUGCAGAAAUGUACCCAGACUUUGCAGAGGAGUAUCUGUACCCCGACCAGCCGCCUUUUGAGAGCUGUGCACAGACACCCCCAGCUCCUACCCCCAAUGGCUUCUGUGCUGACUUCAGCCCUGAGAACUUGGAUGCUGGGAAGAAGCGUGUGCAUAAGAAACUGGACUAGGACACAAGGUGCUGAGGAGACGAGGCUGCUCCCUGGCGGUCGCUACCCCACCUCCACGUGGCCGCAAGCCCAUCUGCUGUGACCACCUCCGGGUUCCACUCUCCACAUAGGCUACAUGUUCACCGUCCCAAGGCCCCGUUCCAGAGGCUGGGGUUGUUUUCACUCUGCUUCUCUGUGAAGCACCAGCCUGUGGGGCGCCUGUGGGCACCUGGAAGGAAAACCUCAUGCUCACAGCUCCUGGCCUUCUCCCAGCGAGACUGCGUGGGGCAUGCCCUGUUCAUGGUGGCCUGGCUCUGGGAGUCUCCCUGCCAGGCAGGUCCUCGGGGGGCUGGGUGGAAACCUGGCGUGGCUUGUCUUCACCCGAGGCCUCCUAGUUUCGGAUUUCCAUCUCACUCUUUUCACACUGCCCCUUCGGUCAGCUGGAGGCAGCGCACAGGCGGGCGGCCUCCGCGCACACUUGAAAAGUGGGGCAUGUGGCACGUGUUUCAGUCCCAGCACAAACCCUCCGCCGACCUCUGGAGUCACAGUGUGGCCGACCCGCCAUCUGGUUUUUAAACAUUUCUAUAUUUGUGGGAGUUCAUGAGUAUUUUAUAAACUUCAUUUAGAUACUUCAGGAAACACUCAGCAUUUUUUUAAAGAAAAAAAGAAAAUUGUUUUUCUACUUCAUUUUCCUUUGAGGGUCAGAGGAUAUUUAUUUAUAGGCCUUUUUUUGAUAGAAUCUGAGGCUGUUUGUGUCUUUGACUUCACUUUCUCUCUGGCCUCCCUCUACCAGGUCAGUUUCUCUCCUGUUUGGGCCACCACAAGCACCAGCCCAGAACUGCGAUUUCCGAUCCUUCAUCCUUUUUAAUCCCCCUCUUUUUUUAUAAACAUUACCAGCUUGGUAUUUCUGUUUUAAUAUGACGCCGUCUACUUCAUUGUAGAGUCCACUCCAGUGGAAGCAUUGAAUGUGGGUGGCGUGAGUUAGAUGGGACGGAAGGACUGGUCCCGGCUCACUUGUUGUGCGCCUCAAGCAGACCGCAGCCCCGGGGCCGCCGAGCCGGUCCUGCUCGGGGGGUGUCCAUCCGUCUCCCCUUUGCUCCGGCUCCAUGGUGAAUAGGAUAAAGGAGCCGCCCCUGAAGACAAACGAGCUAUGUGGAUGGAAAGAGUGUGGAGAGUAGCAGGAGCAGGCGACAGCCUCAUGCGGACGUCCCUCCUGUCAUGGUGACAAGGCUGGCAUCGGUUCUGACAGAGAGGAACUCAGGCCCCCUCCCUGAGUCAGGUGAGGAGCAGUGCUUCCUGGCACAGGAAGGGGGACAUGACGGUGUUGCCUUUGCUUUUCCUGAAAUCACCUUGGUUCAUUUCCUUAGGACCUGAUUGCAACCUGCCCUUAAAGCACAAUCGUAACCACAGACUCCAAUUUGUGCCCUGAAGCAAAGCCUCUGGGUUCCUUUGGGGAAAAUCAUUUUUUGUUUUAAUUUCUAAAAUGAAUGUUAUAUUAGGGGCUUGAAAGUGACCACCAGGGCCAGAAGCACAGGGAAAAUGUUUACUAAUCUCGAGGCAUGACAAGCAUUUCUACUGCUACACGUCAGGACACCCCUUGACUCCAGUUCAGUUGUCACCUCCACCUUGUUCCAGCUGCUCACUGCCAGCCAGGAUGCAAACAGGGACAGGGUAAACUGAGGCCCAUUCCAGGGCGCUCGGCUUGUCAGACACAACAGAAACUCAGAUGCAGCCUUGGUAGCGAAUGGUAAUUGACUUUAUAAUCGUAAAAUGCAUAAAGGUUCAUUUUUACCUGAGAAAAACCUACCAAUGACCAAUGAAGGAGGUGAAUAAACUAAGAUAUUCUGAGGGAAGGGGCCCGAACAUGUGGCCUCCAUCCUUCCUGUCUGUGGAUGAAGGGUUUUUUGAAUGAAAUGCCGCUGUGCAUUUUCAGGAAAAAAAUCCCUGAUAAGCAGACUUCGAAUGGAUGUUUGCUCCUCCUGAUCCACUUUCUCUGUCCUAGUGACUAAAUGGCAUUCAGAACUGUGAGUGUAUAUAGUGUCAGAACCUAAUCCCUUCCAUGUGAGACGGGGACGGACGGGCAAGGGCAGCCCUGGCCCUGCUGGGGCAGAUGCCAUGUAAAGAAC